CUUGGAGCCCUAAUAGGCGUCGGAAGAGGGGCGGUUCCUCCCAGGCCCGGUCGCGGCGCCCCUGCCCGGCACCAUGGACGCCCUGCCCGUCACCUCCGGGGAGCUGCUGUGCCUGGCCUCCAGCCUGGCCUUCUCCGGCCUCUUCUAUUACCUGUACAGGAAGAAGGCCAAAGCGCUGGCUCGGAUCCAGGAGGCCCCGAAGCUUCAGGUAGAUGAUGGUCUGCCUGACCUGCUAUCUGCCACCAGUGGCCAGUGUCUGCAUUAUGUUGCCUUAGAAGGGAUUGUCCUGCCAGCAAAAGCGGCUCUGUCCAGCCAGCACCACGAGGAGCUGCAGGGAGUGAUCCAGAAACUAGUUCUGAAGGAGCAUCGACUGAUCUGGAACAGCCUCGCCCGGAGUUGGAAUGAAAGUGAGCGGGUGGUUUCGGAGCAGGUGUACACGGUGCCCUUUGCCCUGGCAUCCCCCAGUGCUGAGGCAGUGACACGGGUGAGUGUAGAGAGCCCUCUACGGGCUGUCCGGCUGCCCCUGGAGACUGUGUAUGAGCGCUUCCAGCACCCAACCCACGGCUUCAAAGACCUGAUCAGUCACUACCUGAGCGGGGAGAAGCCCAAGGGCCUGCUGGAGACAGAGGAGAUGCUGCGAGUGGGGGCAAGCCUGACUGGCAUCGGGGAGCUGGCCAUGCACCCAGAUGGGACCCUCCACCUGCAGCCCCCAGCUGAUGGGUCCAACUACUUCCUGCACCUGGGGGACUGGCAGACGCUGCUGGCGGAGAUGGAGUCAGUGAGCAGCUUCUGGAAGGGGGCGGCGGUGCUGUGCGGCUUGACAGGCGUGGCGGUGAUCCUGUACGCCCUCUGCCAGGCCUAUCAGCAGCGCCGGCACAAGCAGGAGCAGGAGGAGCAGCGGCGGGAGUUCGAGGCCCUGUGGGGCAACGGGGACACAGCGACUGAGUCUGGGGAGGACGCGUCGGAGGACGCCUGCAUCAUCUGCCUGACACGGCCCCGCGAGUGCGUCCUGCUAUGCUGCGGCCAUGUCUGUUGCUGCUUCCGCUGCUACGAGGCUCUGCCUAGCCACACCUGCCCCAUCUGCAGGAGCCCCAUAGACAGGGUAGUGCCCCUCUACCAGGCCUGAGGGGGAGAAGGGGCUUCAAACGGUACCAGGGCAAGAGCAGUGAAGUCCCUGGCACUAGGCAGCACCACUGUGCCCAUAAAACCCCAGCAGCUUGGGGAGCAGUGUGUGAUCCACAAGGGGUUAACCCCAGCAGCUUAGGGAGCAGUGUGUGAUCCACAAGGGGUUAACCCCAGCAGCUUGGGGAGCAGUGUGCAAACCACAAGUGACUUGGGAUGCGAGCUCACAACCAUAGGGUUGGGGGGGGGUGCUGCAAGCACCGCCUCCUAGGCUGGGAUUGGGGGUGUGCUCAUGAUCCCCCUCUUCAGUGCUGGUCACAUGGUGGUUGGAGCAUGUGGCCUGAAUUAGCAUCACUCAGCACGAAGCUCUUGCUGAGUUUCCCCCCCUCACCCAAGCCUCAUAGUGGGUCUGUUCCCAGCAGUCCCAGCUCUGCUAGGAGAGUCUGAUGGGAACUAAUUUCCUCCAAGUCUCUUCCUGGGCCUGGCCUUCUCGGUGCUGACCCCAGGAAGAGGCGGACUGGAGCCCAGCAGGCCUGCGGUGCAAUGCUCCGUCGGUGGCUGGGGAUGCAGUUUGGACACGGUGUUUUUGCUCCUGCGAAGGGGACAGAUUUUACACUAGAGUUUAUUUUUCUAGCACGUCUUUGUCACUGCUGUGCAGCUAACGCACUGGGAAGAGGCCAGCGGAAGCUGCGGGGGAGAUGGGAGGCUCAGGGUAGUUUGGGGCUGUGGCUUUGAGGGUAGAGAGGGCCCGGCUGAGGGGGCAGCAUGCAUUGCACAACUCAACAGCCAGGGUUGGUGCCGCCUCUGGCUAGGCUCCAUGCAGCAGCAGUUUCUGGUGUUUGUGUGUAGGGUGGGGGGGAGGGGGUAGGGUGUUUGUCUUUCCCUCAUGGUCUCCUGCGUGAGGGUAUUGAAUUGAAGAGGCUUCCCCUGUGAGUGAGGCCAGCAGCUGGGGCCCUGUGCCGCCCUCACCAUCCAACUCUUGAACCCCCUUUACACCCACAUGUGGGAGUUUGAGGCAGUGCCACAGCUGAAGCAUGGGAGGGUGGAUUGCAGCAGCCCUGGCUCCUGACCGCCCCCAGCUGUUGGAUCCCAGGAGGAGGACUCCCUGAAUCAAUGUUGGUCAUUAUUUAUAAAGAGAAGGAUCAGA